AUGCCAGGAUUUCGUAGCUUACCCAAGACUUUAUUGUCGGUUCCAUCACCAUCGUAUUUAAUUAUACUACUAUGUUCUAUUGCAAAUUUUAUAAAUUCUGCCGAUCGAGUUUUAAUGCCUAUUACUAUAAUUCCCAUGUCAGAUGAAUUCGAAUGGACUAUGCAUUUACAAGGCUGGAUCUUGAGCAGUUUUUCCGUCGGCUACUUCAGCAGCCUUAUUGUUGGUGGUAGUGCUGCAAAAAAGUAUGGUGGUCGUCUAGUUCUCACUCUUGCUGUUUUGCUUUGGUCAUUGUCAUCAUUUCUAACGCCAUAUUUCGCUUCCUCUUGGCAUUUGAUGAUUCUAUUCCGGUUUCUACUCGGUGUUGGUGAAGGAAUAGGUCUUCCGACAAUCUUUCACAUAUUUUCUUACACCAUUCCUGUUGAAGAACGUGGUCGAGCUUUUGGAUAUUUAAUUGGUCUAGGAUCAAUUGGACAGUUUAUCUCGGCUACUUGCUCUCCCCAUAUGCACUGGUCACACCCAUUCCUUUUAUUUGGAGGGGCAGGUUUAAUUUGGGUAUUGGUUUGGGUCUAUGCCACUAAAUCCUUCGGUGACUUUGAACACCUGGGUUCUGACUAUCACACUCCUACCAUCCCAAUAAAUAAUGCGGUGAGGUGGGUCGAUUUUUUGACACAUCGGUCCCUCUGGGCUAUAUACGCAGCUCAUUUCAGCAUGAAUUGGUCUAAUUAUAUUGUUAUGCAAUGGCUGCCAACCUAUCUCGUUCGAUCACUUGGAGCAACUAAUUUCGAGCUGACUCUUACAGCUGUUCCAUAUAUACUCAACUCGGUAUUUGGCAUUAGCGCUGGUCACUUGGCAGACAAUCUAGUUCGUCGACGGUGGAGUGUUCUUCGAGUACGCCAGCUCAUGACCUCGCUUGGUCUUAUCGGCCCCGGAUUUCUACUUCUCAUGUUCUCCGCAUCUACGCGCAUUUAUCUUGCCGUGUUGUUGAUUUCAAUUUCCAUGGGUCUAUCGGCAUGUAACGCAGCUGGGCAUUUGGCUUCUCAUUCAGAAGUAGCUCCUAAUCAUGCUGGAAUCACCUUUGCCGUCAGCAAUACUCUGGUUAGUAUUCCAUUAUUUUGUAUCCUUGUCCUCAUCGUUCUUAUUUACCACCCCUUGGCAUUUUCAAACCCUUUUUUUACUAAGGCAUCAGUGUCAUCAUUUGUCUCCCUUGUGACGAACUCGAAUUCCACCAGCCUCUAUCUACCAAAAAUCUAA